AUGGAACUGAUGUGCCACCGGAGCAGCUUUGGUGGGCAUGGGUCAGCGGGGAAAGGUGCACCCACGGUGUUUUCAGUUCAUCAAGCGGUGAAGUUCCAUGAGUAUAUAAGCCAAGGAGUACUCCCACCAUCUCCGCCUCAUUCAGUUAAACAGCUCAGCUUCGCCGGCCUCGUGCCGACUCCACUCCACAGAGACCAGUGGCGACCGGUACUGCCGUUGGCUCCAGGAUCGAGCAUUCGACCACAACGGUCGCCCACGUUCCGCGACCGUCUCGACCGUCUCGACCGUCUCGACCGUCUCGACCUUCGUUCAUUCGAUCGCGGCCUUCGUUCGACGCGCCAAAGACUAGCCGUCAUGACGAUGGCACGCAAAGGGCCUUUGUCCCGCUUGGUGGUCGCAUCCCUGGCAUUGGCGUUCUCCUCCUCGAAGCUUUUGUGCUUCCACGCUUGCCGUACUCCUUCCACCUGUUCCACAGAGCUCACAGGGCGGCCAGCGGAGGUGGCGAUCCCCAAGUCGCCCAAGGCAUGGCGCAGGGCGUUGCCGCAUGACGCGGUGCCGGUGCGGCAAUUUCUGCACUUGCAUCGGUACCUGCAACUCUGGAGGGUGCACUGGAUAGGACCCGAGAACCUGGACCGAGCUGGGCUCCGGGUGACCGGAAUGGAUACCUACGCCAUCGUGGCGUCAGUCCUGCUACAGGUGAUCACCGGGUUCCACAGUUCGGUGGAGGAGCCCGAUGAGACCGACGAGCGUUUGAAAUACCCGAACUUGCACAGGCUGAUGUAUGAAGGGCAGAUGAUUUUUGCGUCCAUCUCUGUGGUCUGCAGCACCUACACCAUGGUCAUGUUCCUGUUGUGCAAGAUCUACUCAGUGAUGGCGCUGGGCCUGUACAAGGACGUGUCCUAUGAUCUCUUUCAAGCAGCCACGGGAAGGUUCCGGCUCCGGGCGUUCUGGAGCUUGAUUAUUGCCAUGCAUAGCUUCUUGGUCGCCUUUGCGAUGAACCUCUUCACGCGCAUCAAGGGGAACAGAGGCCUCAUGUUCUUCUUCGUGGGGAUGCUGGGCAUCAUCCCAGUGGUCUAUGAUUGGCAAAUCAUCUACCAGAUUGCAGAGAAGUACGUCUACGCCUGA